AUUUGAUCCACAUGCAUUGUUCCCUAGUUAUUAUGUUUGAAAAUUACGUCUGAAAUGACUUCGACUUGUAUGGCAUUGUUAUUUUAUUAUGGUAACUUCGAGAUUUCAUUAUUAGUUUUAAUUCCACUCCUGCAAGUAUCAUAUGUCUUGCUAAGAUAAAAUAUACUAGAUAGAAGUCAGUCAAUGGUUAUAAGAUUCUUAAGCCAUGGCCAAUAUAGGUACGCGCUUCUAAUUCGCAAACUCAGUUCUAUAUAUUUUCACAGAAAAGCUGCUACUACCAUAACUCUACAUAAUCACCAAAAUAAAAAAAAACAAUGUCUUCUUCAAGGGUAAACCUAGAAAAAUGUCGAAUUCCACUAGAGGAGAUCAUUCAGGCCACAAAUGACUUCAGUGAAGAAACUCAAGUCGGAGAUGGUGGGUUUGGUAUGGUCUACAAAGGAAAACUCUCUGAGAAUAACCGCUUAGUUGCCAUCAAACGCCUUAAUCCUAGUAGUCGUCAAGGAAACGUCGAGUUCAAAAAUGAAGUCAAGAUGGUUUCAAAUUUCAACCAUCCAAACAUCAUCCCAUUCAUUGGUUACUGUGAAGAGGCAAAUGAGCAAAUUGUAGUCUACGAGUAUGCUACUAACAUCAGCCUUGAUCAUCACCUCCAAGACCCAAAUAAAAGGCGUUGCCUGACAUGGGUACAACGCCUGAAGAUUUGCUUGGGGGCAGCAAGAGGGAUAAAGUACCUACACUCUGGUGUUGAUGAGCACAGAAGAGUAAUUCAUAGAGAUGUGAAGAGUGCAAAUAUUUUGCUUGAUGAUAAUAUGGAAUCCAAAAUAUGUGAUUUUGGUUUGUCAAGAUUAAGUCCGAUAAAUCAGCCAGAUACACAUGUCCGUACAAGGGCUGCUGGUACAAGGUUUUACAUGGAUCCUGUUUACAACGAAAGAGGUAUGCUCUCUAAAGAGUCCGACAUAUACUCAUUUGGAGUGGUAAUGUUCGAGAUAUCUAGUGGGAUGAUGGCUUAUCAUGCAAGGCGAUUUGAAGAAACUAAGGAUCAAAAAUUUCUGAUCGACAUAGUCCGAAGUUACUAUGACGACAACGAGCAACAACUUGUUGGCGGACUUGACAAGUUAAUAGAUCCGGAUAUCAAAGAGCAUAUUUGUAUGAGUUCUUUUCAUAAAUUUAAUGAAAUUGCACAUGAGUGCAUUAACUUUGACAUAAAGAAACGCCCGAAGCUGGAUAGGAUCAUCAAGGCGAUUGAGGAAGCACUACAUAUUGAAGAGAGCUGGAAAAACGUUUAUAUGUUGGGGCCAAAGGAUCUAUACCUUUCAUGGCAACAAAACACUGAAUACUGGGAAUUGGGGCAUAUACCGCAAUCAAGGUUCCCGGAAGUGUGGAUACUUAAAAAAGUAUGGUGGCUUUCGAUCAACGGAAUAAUAGCAGCUGUGAAGCUGUCAGAAAAGAGUACAUAUUUCGCGUAUCUCGUCUUUAAAACAACCGAGAAUUGCUUGGGACUUGAUGUGCCAGGAAAUUCAAGCAUAAUAAGUUUUGGUGGGAUAGAAAUGGAGACUGAAAAUGUUUAUCUUCAAAGACCAAAUUCUACGAAAACAUGGCAAGAAAACUCUGUGUUUCCUCAUAGGAGAAUGGAUGGGUGGAUGGAGAUUAAGUUGGGAGAAUUCGAGUUCAAGGAAGGAGAUGAUGGGGAAGUUCUCAUAUCAUUUAAGGAGUUUAAAUCCGAGAAGACUGGUCUUAUCGUGGAGGGUAUCGAGAUCCGGACUAAAUAGUUUUGCAAUUAUAUAUUUUGUUUUAAUCAUUUUUGAUGUAUAAUAUAUUUAUUCAAAUUAUAAAAUUAAUAUACUACUUUUUAUUUAAUUAAUACAAUUAAUAACAUAUUUAAUUUAUAAAUCCUAAUUUUUGUUACCGUAAAUCAUAUUUAAUGA